CGACACCAUGGGUACGCCUCAGCCUCUUUCGACCCCUGAGGACACCUCCGCCCGAAACGCGAGUGCUGCAGAAAGUAACCAUCUUCAGCUGGAUCCAGGAGAGUGCGAACGGCCUGAGCCACCUGACCCAUUGACCCCCGUGUUCCAGAGAUCUCCAGAAACAAUUUCUAGUAUCGACGACGAGGAAUCCGACAUGCAUCCCCCGGAUGCCGCCUAUUGGCAAUUCGACGACAAUUCACUCGGGAAUUUCUUGGAGCCAUUGUUUGAUACGCCGGGUGAACAUAUCGCGUUCAUGUACUACACCAAACAUCUGAGUGGGAUCCUGGCACCAUAUGACGACCUGCGAAAUCCUUAUCAAAAACUAGCCGUCUUUGCCAUCGGCAGCCCGGUCUUGCUACACACAUUGGUCUCGAUCGCGACCGAGUGGAUGCUGUUAUACGGCAGAAGCAACGCCAAACUCGCCAGUGCUCGUCAAUCAAAAGCCCUGACUUCGAUCCAGAAGCUACUCGUAGAGAUAGAAAGUGGUCAGGCUGACACCUGUGGCCAUCUCCUGACGGCCUCGCUCUCAUCUCUGAUGGCCGCCAGAGAGGCCGCUUUAAGUGCUAUACUAAUGCAGAUUGCGCAUGCAAUAUAUUCGGGUAGCGCUGGGGGCAAGGCUCACAUCCAAUGCGCUUAUCACCUCCUAGACCAGCUUGGCUACUUGAAUCAGCUGGAUCGAGGCUUCCUGCCACGCUUGACAGCACAACGGUUCGCCAUUGCCGAUGUGGCGGCAUCAUUACUCCAUGCGACACGCCCCAAGGCUCCGUUGACAUUCCCGGUAUACCAAGAUCGAGAGGACUUGGACCUUACGGAACCUUCAUUUUGCCAAAUGACUGGUUGCCCUCAACCAGUGCUUAGUGCGCUGGCGCACAUAUCUCAUCUUGCGUGUGAUUUGCGCGAAAAACGCCAAACAACCGACGCCGUACUGGGACAAGCAGAACAACUCGAAUUCGGGCUGCGGACGUGGGCUGCUCAGAAGUUUCCCUGUCUUCUACGCCAUGGUUCCGGAUCGCUAUCAGAGCUGAGGUAUGACCCAGAUCGCGACGGGGUUCGCUUUGGAGACGCUCGACGGUACCAGAUGGCUCUGGUGAACCAGUCUUACUACUGGCUGGCGCAACUGCUGCUCCAACGUCGGCUGUACCGGGAUUCCAAAAGUUCCCGGCGGGUACAGCAGACGGUCAAAAGACUCAUAGCAUUGAUCAACGCGAUUCCGCCCGGUCAACCGCCCGCGUCGGCCUUACCUCUGGCAUUCUACCUGGUUGCAAGGGAGUGUGUCUCGGAUGAGGAUCGAAACUGGAUUCGCGAGAGACACAGGCAGAUGAAAGAGACCUAUCGCAGCAGCACUCGCGACAACUUGAUGCUCAUCACGGAGCGUAUCUGGUCCGCUGAGGGCGAGAGUCAGCGUGCCAGCAGAUGUGCGAAUAAUGAAGCCGAGGUUGACGACUUUCACGACGAGUUGUUCUCAAAGCAGCUUUUUCAGGUCAUCUUCUAGAGACAGAUGACCUACAGUCACCACACUUGUAAUGGCCCUCACAGUCUGGCGAUACCGAAUCCAUCCCUCCUCUCUACCGAUGUCCUGGAGCUUUGUGUAUCCUGCCAGCGCCGUUACCCGGUCAAAUUCUCUUUCGAAUGCGCCGACAACCAUUUCCACGCCCUUCUGCCCGCCGUACCCCAAGGCCCAAAGCGCAGAGUGCGCUCAGUGAGGCAGGAAAGUUGGCCCCCAAAGCAAUGGCCUUGAGGACGUCAACUCCCUCGAUGCACCAGGAAGAUCGGGAACGUCAAAUCCAGCCGUUUUAAGAGGUCCAAAAAAAGAUCGCGGG